GUUCUUUGAUUUAGGACGAAUUUCCGGUUGCGUUGUUCGAAAAUGAGUGAAGGUAUUACCAAGUAUCAUGAAACCACCGAAGGAGUGCCGCCGGGAUGGAAAAUUCUUAUCAAAUUUCGAUCAGGUGGUGCUACAGCUGGUCGACCGGAUUACACAUUCGUAGCACCGAGCGGAAAGCGCCUUCGUUCUCGCGUUGAAGUUGAACGCUUUAUCCAAGAAAAUCCGACUUGCGGCGUAACAGUCGGUCAAUUCGAAAUACCAAAAAACCUGAUAUCAAGCCUCGGAGAAACAGGAUCUUCUGGAAGAAAACGAAAGGUGGAGGAGUUGACGCCCAGCGAUGAGACCUCGACGCCGCGUAAGACGAAGGUGAAGCCCAGUGUUGGAGAACAUCUCAAGAAAUUCAAACGUUACUCGAAGGAUCCUUGGAAAUUCUUGAUAGCCGCACUGUUCGUGGAGGAACAUGGUCAAGUAUUGGACGGUGUCGUCAUGGGUGAUAUUCAAAAGUUCUUCAACUUGUAUCCGUCGCCUUCCCACGUUUUUCGCACGCCGUGGAUAAAGAUUGCGGAUGAAUUCAACAACCGUCGAGUGGAGCUGGUGAAAAGCGUGUGCCGCUUUUCUUACGAAUUGAUUUCGCGCGAUAGCUACGUCAACGCUAUACCACUGCAUUCUUUGCCAGGUGUCUCGCCGUUUGCGGUGAUCGGAAUGCCUCGACUGCGUAUGGCGAGAUUUUAUUCGGCGAUGAAUUCGGAGCGUUUCCGGAGCUUUGUUUCGAACGUGAAAGACCAUACUGUGAAGAUCUCAGAAAAUCUGACGAGCAAGUUACCUUCGUCCACCAAUGUGAUAAAUGUGGUUCGUGACGGAUCAGCUCGUGUCGGUGACGCGUUUCGUGCUUCUAAUUUCGGAACGAAUAUCACGUCGUCGACGAUGGCGUCAAACCUAAAAAUUUACUCAGAUCGCAUGGCGACGAUAAUUGAUCACGUACGCAGAGGUUAUGAUCGUGAAGAAGAGUCAACUGACAUCCCUGAAGCCUUGUUCGACACUGACGAAGACGACGACGAUGCAAACGGAAAUUUGCAUCUGCAAAGGAGACGUCCCAGGUUUAUUUACAGUAGUGACGAAGAAGACGAUAACGCGUUUUUGCGUCGAUUAAAAUGGCCGGACUUGACUGACCGGGAAGUGGACACAAUACUCGGACAAUUGGACCUCCACGUUGCGAACAAGAGUCGGAAAAAGAGCGGAAGUUUUCUGAAAAUCUUGGAAAUUCUCCCUGACGACGACGAUUUGAAUCAUAAUACCAGAAUGACGUCGUGGCGUGAUGAGGAUUCUGUUCAAGCAUCCACCGCGUCUCCUGCUAAUCACAGUUUGCAGAUUUGCUUCAUGAAUGAAUUGGCGACGGACUCGGAUGAAGAAGACGGGCCACAAUCACUUCCUGCUGUUAUGUCGAAAGACGGAUCGAGAGAAAGCGACUUUUGGAGAAAACAGGCCAGAUUACAAGCUGAGGCACGCGUUGCUCUUGCGAGAGCCUGUCAUCUAGCAAAGAUGCGAAUUGAAGCCGAUCGUUUUCGCAAAAAGAGCGCGCCAUUAUCUGAAUUGAUCUUGCUUCCGCCAUCAUGUUAUGGUCAUCGACGGCUUUCGCGUAGUCUUCUACGGAGACUCACCGUUGCUGAGCUGGAUUCAAUUCACACGAGUUUAGCGAUGGAAAUCAAAAGAUUGAAUGAAGAGCUAGUCACAAGCUUGAUGCAAAGAGAUGAACUUUGUAUGACUCAGGAUUCCAUGUUGGUGGACCUCGAAGACCUCACUCGAUUCAUGCAAGCCAAAGGAAACUUAUCCGUUCAGAACGUGCCUUCGGUCGUUGCUGAAUCGGACUCACCGUUGAACACUCAGUUCUCUAAGGAAGGAUCUGCAGCCGUUGGGGAAUUGGAACUCAUUUAA